ACGUCAGAACCACAGCUGCGGAGGCGGAAGUGACGUCUACGCGACUCGCUGAGUAUCUCCAAAAUACAAUAAGGAAGUGGGGAAGCCGACAUUUCGCUGCACAGUACGGAAAAUUUAUAUUUUAACACAGGACUAACUGGGAGCGUAGGCUGCGUCGGGGCGCAAGGUGGCCUCAGUCUUGCCCGGAGCCCGGUUCGUUGCCGUAGCUUUCAGCGGUUCGACGGAAGGUCGCUAUGAACACGGACGUAGAGUUUCACAUCAGGCAGAAUUACCCCUGGAGCAAGCUGCCGGCCAACGUCCGCCAGAGUUUGGGAAACUCGCAGCGCGAAUAUGAGAAGCAUGUCCUGCUGUACAGUAUUCGAAACCAGCUGCGCUUUCGCAAUAACCUGGUGAGGCAUGUGAAGAAAGAUGAGAGGAAGUAUUAUGAGGAGCUCUUGAAGUACAGCCGCGAGCAUCUCAUGCUGUACCCGUACCACCUGUCGGACAUCAUGGUUAAGGGCCUCAGGGUUACCCCGUUCUCCUACUACAUUGGAAUCAUGGAGGACAUCAUGAACAGCGAGAAGAGCUACGACUCGCUUCCCAACUUCACUGCUGCUGACUGUCUCAGGCUUCUGGGAAUUGGCAGGAACCAGUACAUCGACCUGAUGAACCAGUGCAGGUCUUCCAAAAAAUUUUUCCGCAGGAAAUCUGCGCGGGACCUGCUGCCCUCAAAACCCGUGGAGAUAGCCGUGGAGCCAUGGUGGGUGGUGCAGACGGGCUACAUCACGGAGGAUGAUAUCAGGAUCUGCUCCCCGGCAGAGAAGAAGGCCAUUGACAAGAUGAUCGACGCUGGUCCACAGCUAGCUGGCUCCAUGGAGUACAACGUGGUGCUGAGUUUGUACAACCGAGGUUACAUAUACCUGGAUGUUCCCAUAUCGGAUGACAGCUGCAUUUCAGUCCCACCGCUGGAGGGAUUUGUGAUGAACAGGGUUCAGGGGGAUUACUUCGAGACGCUGCUCUAUAAGAUCUUUGUGUCUAUCGACGAGCAGACUAAUGUGUCGGAGUUGGCUAACGUGCUGGAAAUCGACCUGGGUCUGGUGAAGAACGCCGUAUCCAUGUACUGCCGCCUGGGCUUUGCCGUGAAGAAGGGUCAGGUGAUCAGUCAGGACCAGCUUCACCUCUCCUGGAGGAACGUCCCCUGUGUUAACAGGCUCAAAAGUACGAUGGACCCGCAGAAGAUGCUGCUUUCGUGGGAAGGAGGGAGUCCUAUCAUGGAGGCGGGAUCCUCCACCACAGACACGGACACCACCAGCCUGGAGGACCAAGACUCUGCCAGCGUCAGCAGCUUGAACAUCCCCGCCGGUCCCACCAAGCGGAUCGCCUUCCUGUUUGACUCCACUCUCACGGCUUUCCUCAUGAUGGGGAACCUCUCGCCUAACCUUAAAAGUCAUGCUGUCACCAUGUUCGAAGUGGGGAAGCUCUCUGACGAAACCCUGGACAGCUUCCUGAUGGAGCUCGAGAAGGUGGAGAGCACGGCGGAAGGGGAGGCCCAGCGCUACUUUGACCAUGCACUAACUCUCAGGAAUACGAUACUGUUUCUGCGCUACAACAAGGAGCUGACUUCUGACCCUGAGCUACCAAAUAUCGGCCUGCCCUUGGACCUCCUCCGAUGCGAGAGCCUGCUGGGCCUUGACCCGGCCACCUGCAGCCGUGUGCUCAACAAAAACUACAAGCUGCUUGUCUCCAUGGCACCGCUUAGCAACGAAAUCCGACCAAUCAGCAGCUGCACGCCCCAGCACAUUGGGCCAGCAAUCCCAGAGGUCAGCUCUAUCUGGUUCAAGCUCUACCUGUACCAUGUGACCGGCCAGGGCCCGCCGUCCCUUCUGCUAUCCAAGGGCUCCAGGCUGCGGAAACUGCCGGACAUCUUCCAGACUUACGAGCGGCUGCUGAUCACUUCCUGGGGCCACGACCCCGGCGUUGUGCCAACGUCCAAUGUGCUGACCAUGCUGAAUGAUGCGCUGACCCAUUCGGCUGUGCUGAUUCAGGGCCAUGGACUCCACGGCCAUGGAGAAACCGUUCAUGUCCCGUUCCCAUUUGAUGAAGAAGAUCUCAAAGAAGAGUUCUCCUACUCCAAUAUGUGUGCACAUAAGGCUCUGAAGACCCUCCGCGACAAGGUGGACCUGGAACACCUGUGUGGUUACGUGACCAUGCUGAACCCUAACAGCCGUCACCGUCGGAGGCUGAGCGAGUGCUCGGAUGGCAGAGGUGACACCGAGCUGGUCGGUUAUGAUGCCAAUGGAAGCACAGAGUCCUUCGAGCUCGUCACGGAGGAGAUUAACGGCGAGGCAAACAAAAAGCAAGGAAAUGAAGCGCCCUCAUCAGAGGGUGACUGGGUCCCUCUGGAGCUGUGUUUCGGAAUGCCUCUCUUCAGCUCUGAGCUAAACCGCAGAGUCUGUGAGAAGAUCAUCUCUCACCGGCUGUGUAGCAAAGACAGUCUGCAGGAGCUGCUUCACUCCAGCAGAAAACUGUCCUUGAGAGUCCUGAGCUUUGUCCAGUCCUUCCAGGAGAGUGCCCAGCCUGUGGACCCCGAGGUUGGGGUCUCCAGCAACCUGAGCCGACCCCCUGCUGAGUCCGGCGUACCCCUUCCAGCACUCAACCUGCUCUUCAAGGACGGCCACCUGAACGAGUGGAGCGGCCGAGCCCCACCCCCCAUCCAUAUCUCAGAGCUGCAGAAAGACCAGCCCACCUAGGGCCUUGUGUCCACCCUCCCACACCCAGCCAACCUGCAACAUGUCCACAGCAAGCCCCGCCUACCCCACCCCUCCUGAUUGGCUGCUCUCGUAAAUAGCCGGUGUUACUCAGAGAUACAGGCGUGUCUGCGAUGCUCCCUACUGGUGUUGAUAAACUGGAGACACUCAGGAAACAGCACCAAAACUAACACCGUGGGUAUUUAUUGAGACGCAAAUCUGGUUUUUAAACCCUCACAAAAAAUAUUAUCAGAUCUUAUUUCUGCUAAAUGAUAACUUAUAUAUACAAUGUACAAAGAUAUAAGAAAAGGCCAGUUGCUGGCCAAGUGUAUAUGGACGACGUCAGGAAAACAACUUUGUAGGACCGAGCCUGUGACCUAGAGGCUCUUCUGAUCUAGCACUUGAACCCAGAUCUCUUAAAUUUGUUUGAUGUCAGUAGCCUAAUGCACGACUCAUUUGCACAGGAGUUCGUAAGGAGUGUUGGACUGAACCAGCCAGUGAAGAGAACACGCUGUAAGGUGGAUUUUAUUGUCGCGCGCUCAUGUUUGGGAUUGUGGACCAGUGAGAGAUAUAACUUUAUUGCUUACGUAGCGUUCAUUUCUACCAGACACUGUCAGGUGUGGUAGGAGGUGACUGUGUUUCGGUCGGCGCGGGGGUGCUGACCUGCUUUGUGCACCAAAGAGCACUUCUGUGGCCUGCCCUCCUCUGCUCUGUUUGGAAUAUGCAUUUGCUGGAGAUGCUGAUUAGCUUGCCAAAUGUGCUCUGCCUGGUGCUGUCAGACGGCAGUGAAGGGUCACUGGGAUUCUGUUUACAGAAUGAUCACCUGAUGGGAACAUCUGUUGUGCAUUAGGAGCCAAAGGCUGGUCACAGAACCGCCACACACCCAGAUGGGCAUCAGGACCCACUGGGGCGGGAUGUGCUCGGGCAGGCCCGGUUCUGGUGGCAUCGGUUUUGUCUGGCUUGGCUAUCAGGCCUUGUUUUGCCCGGCCUUGUUGGACUCCGCUGUGUUGGCCUCGGCUCAGCUUUGUUGGGCCUGCUUUUGUCCAGCUCUGUUGGACUCGGCUGUGCUGGGCUUGGCUCACCUGUGUUGGGCUUUGCUUUUUCUGGCCAUUUUGGGCUUUGCUUAGCUGUGUUGGGCUUGGUUUUCUCUGGAUCAGCUAUGAUGGGCACAGUUUUAUCCGGCCCUGGUGGGCUUGGCUCAGCUGUGUUGAUCCUGGUUCUCUCUGGCUCUGUUGGACUCGGCUAUGUUGGGCUUAGUUUUGUCCGUCUCAGCUGUGUUGAGCCUAGAUCUGUCUGGCUCGACUCUGCUUGGCUCUUCCGAGGCGCUGGCCUGUACAGGAGCAGGCUGGGAUUUUUGGCUGGACUUUGGUGUGGUUGCUGGUGAUUCUCCUUGAGCUCCUCGUGCAGCAUGACUAGUGUCUGUGUCUGUCCUGUAUUUUUCCCCCCAUCCAUUCGCCAGCCUUAUCAGCAAACUGGCCUCCUGAUCCUCCACUCCUUCAGUCCAGAAGGUCCCCUGGCCUCUGCAUCGCACCACCUGUCACAGUGUUAGAGGACUAAUUACCUGUAGAUUUGUAAUGUCGGUCUGCUUUUUAGAAAAUUUUGUUGUAGUGUGUUUGUUGGGACUGUGAAUACUACCACUGUAAUUAAAUGGUACAGCCGUGACAUUCCUCCUUCCAGAAAUGUGCAAUCACAGAUUUACUAUGUAAAACAAAAAUAUAUGAAUAAAUAUGUGAUGUGCCGACCCCAGAAA